GAGUGGUACGAGUCGUGCGAUUGAAGACGUAUUGAGAAACUGAAUGUGAAUUUGAUUUGAUUUCACGCUUUGUUUUGAAUUGUAUUUCAUUUGCGAAUGCAUUGAGUGUUGAGAGGAAGUGAUCACUACUUCAUUCCCAACACAUUGUCUUCGCAGCCCUUUUCACACCACAAAUGACUUUAGGUUUGCAUAAAAGUCACGUCUUUUACGCCAAUAAUAAGAGAGAGUCACUGAAGAGACCGUUUGAUGGCAUGAAUGGCAUGACCGGCGCUGAAGACACCAUCGGCUCAUACAAUCACUUUCACCACAACAACAGUUAUGAGUCGUUACCACCGAAACGACCGCGAAAUACAUUGACCGCCGAAGACAACGCUUCCGCUAUAAUAAAUACACAGCGAAAUCAAACGUUUAUUGCGAAAUCAGUGACAAUAAUGAAAGAUUUUUGGGGAAACCUUUUCCCCAAGAAUUCAGAGCCACGAGUGAUGCCAUCGGAGGCCACCCCUCACUCCUCCCAUCAGUCAAACCAAUUGGUGUCCGAAAGCAAUACAAUCGCAACCGAUGUCUACAAUCGGCGCGAGAUUAACGCGAGUGACCCGUUCUCGACAAGACAUGCGUUUGGCGACACUUGUGGCCACUCCUCGACGGUUACCUCUUUUCGAGACAACAGAUCCCAUAAGAAAAGCGGUCGUCUUUUUAAUUCAUUUCGUAUGAAUGAGAAGAAUCAAUACAAACGUCUUUUAGACACUCAUUUGGGACCCAAAUUCAAAUUUCAAAAGCCCAAGAAAGCGGUCAACAGAUCCCAUAUUGUGGUCGAUUUGACACAAACAAUGGCAUCGAAAUCUGAUUACAGGAGCUUUCAAACUCCACAAACGACUCCAUUCUCUGUGGAGGUAUUGGACACGAAAGCGAAGACAUGUUUAAUCGAUAGAAUCAAAAGCCAUGGAAUCGCUGCCAAUCCUACCAUUCGUUUGAACACAACUAAUGAAACGCCUUUCGGUGUGAAAGGCUAUCAGUUCUCAUAUCCAUCGUAUUCGACCCCAAAGUCGGCUCUCUUUACCAAAAGUGAAUCCCAAAAGAGUUAUUCAUUUCAAUCAUCACAAACGCCACAUCCGUUGCCCGAAACGAGUAUACAAUUCAAUGCGUUAACGGAACAGAAUAAGAAUCUAUUGGACAGCAAAUGGAUUCAAGAUAUGAAGAACAGCUUAAACGCCGACACAGAGAGACUCGAAAGAGAUAUCACGAAAUCUGAACAAAAUAGGGAUCAAAUGAAAGCCAAACGAGAGAAAGACGAGAGAUUGUUGAGUCCUCUGCUUCUGAAACCCAUCACACGAACAGAACUCAAUCCAUUCAUACCUUAUAUCGAUAUCAAUACCACUUUUGACAGCGAAGAAGUGGAAGAAGAGGAUGAGGACGAAGAGAGCGCACCCAUCGAUAUGCCACAACUCACACCUGAAAUGGACAAUGAAAUUGAUAAUGCGUUAGAGAGCGGCAAAAAUGUACUUCUCGUUAAACACGAGGCAUACGGCGAGAUAUACGGCAAAGACAUUGUUACUCUUAAGGGACUCAAUUGGCUUAACGACGAGAUUAUCAACUUUUACAUGAGUCUCAUCGUCGAGAGGGGCAAAAACGACAACUUCAGGACAGUUCACGCUUUCAACACAUUCUUCUAUAAGAAGAUCAAAGAUAACGGACCGCAGAGUCUGAAGCGAUGGACACGAAAAUUAGAUGUCUUCGCAAACGAUUACAUAUUCAUUCCCAUCCAUUUGGGAAUGCAUUGGUGUCUCGCCGUAAUUGAUUUGAUGAAUAAACGGAUUCAAUAUUACGACUCGAUGGGCGGCACAAACAUGGAUUGCGUUCAGUCGUUGUUUGAAUGGCUGUCGUGUGAAAGUGUGGACAAGAAGAAGGUGUCGUUACAGGCGAGUGAAUGGGUGCUCGAAAUGGCGCUAAACAUUCCGCAACAGAUGAAUGGCAGUGACUGUGGAAUGUUUGCCUGUAAAUUCGCGGAAUACAUCUCAAGAGAUGCCACCAUCACAUUCACUCAGGCUCACAUGCCUUACUUCAGACGGCGAAUGGUUUACGAGAUUUUGAACAAAAGAUUCGCUGGUCAUCUCAGUGUUGCCAAAACCGAUCCCAACGCCUGCAUAUCGACCUUUUCCGCACUGCAUGACUGCAUCAUAAAAACACAAACAUUUUCUGAGGAAGUGAUAGAACUGGUGCUCCAGUACUGUCUGACUGAGUGGUGCACUGUGUGUGCACUGCUAUGUCCUGUCGAUCGAGACUACAUCUAA